GUUGUUUUGCGCUUGUAUUUUGUGUACUUUAGAUUUUGCCGAAGUAUUUAAAACAAAAGUGCAGCGGAAAUAGUUAAUAACAAAAUAUUAGUCGACGGUAGCGGUGCGGUUUUCAGCGUCCUCUGCGCGGCUGUUGCAUACAACAAUAACAAUAACAACAACAAGAAGAAUUGGCAAAACAAAAACACACGCAGAGAAAAAGCAGAGUGAAAACAAGACAAAUCGGCAAGAAAAGCCGCAAAAUCAAACAAUAAUCAUGAAUAUUGAUUCAUUGAAAAACGAGUGGGAGGAACUCAAUAAUGAGUAUGCCGAACUGGAGAGUUGCAACAGGCGGUACAUUGAGCUGCUGGAACAGCUGCACAGCCACCAACAAAUCUGCUUCAAUGAGAUCAAGCAUCAGCGGUACCGCAUGAACCAGAUAUCGGCGUCUCUGCGACAGUUCAAAGGCCACUCCGUUCCGGCGGAGGACAAGGAAAAGGUCGAUGACCUGCAAAAGAUGACCUUGAAGCGCAAGGCGCAACUGCACGAAAUUGAGCAAUCCUUACCAGCGAAAUCCGGCCGUUACUUGCAGAUAAUCCUGGGCGAUGUGAAUGUCUCGAUUCUGAACAGAAACGACAAAGUUCGCUAUAAAGAUGACUAUGAAAAGUUUAAAUUAAUACUCAACGUAAUUGGACUGAUAAUGGCCUUCUUCAAUUUGAUAUUCAACUACAGGGCCCUGGAGCUGGCCUUCAUAUUCCUGCUGGUCUGGUACUACUGCACGCUGACCAUCCGCGAGUCCAUCCUGAAGGUGAACGGAUCGAGGAUCAAGGGCUGGUGGCGGGCCCACCACUUCAUCUCCACGGUGGCCGCCGGUGUUCUUUUGGUUUGGCCCCAGGGCGAGCACUGGCAGAUCUUCCGGAUGCAGUUCAUGUACUUCAACGUCUACAUCAGCAUCGUGCAGUAUCUGCAGUUCGGCUACCAGAAGGGCCUGCUCUACCGACUGAAGGCCCUCGGGGAGCGGCACAACAUGGACAUCACCAUCGAGGGCUUCCACUCGUGGAUGUGGCGCGGCCUGAGCUUCCUGCUGCCCUUCCUGUUCAUCGGCUAUGGCUUCCAGGCGUACAACGCCUGGACGCUCUAUAAGCUGGCCUACAGCCCGGCGGACGCACCGUGGCACGUGGCCGUGAUGUGCGGACUGUUCCUGCUGCUGUUCGUGGGCAACAUGGCCACCACGCUGUGGGUGGUGCCCGAGAAGAUCCGGGAGCGGGCCAAGGAGCGGUACCGCCUCCAGAGCAUGGGCAAAUCGAUGAAGCUGCGCAAGGAGAUGAAGAACAGUGCCAGUGAUUUGGAUAUAUCCAGUGGAUCGAAACUUUCGCCGACUGGGGUUACGACUACUUCCAUUGCGACUGCGACGCAAACACCCGCCGAUAAGAAGGAAAUUUAAACAAAUCAAUGGUUCUGUUUAGCCUGGCAUUUCAAUUAUACAUAUAUAUUUACUGUUUUUACCAUUUUUUUUUCCUAUUUAUUAACUUAUCCCCUUUGGUUUUGUUCCUCUAUCCCCCUUCCACUGAACUAUGCUCUUUUCCAUUUCAUACACGCAAUGUAAAACUGAUGUACAUUUGAAGCAACAAAAAACACUACAUAAGCUGAAAAACAACAA